UUAGAAAUUAAUUUUAUGGAAGUUUUUAGUGGUAAUACGAACUUCAGGUUUCAGGGAACGUGGUGCUAUAGCUUGAUCUUUAAAUACUUAUCUUUAAAUUUAGGUUGUAUUAAAUUAAAUAACAAUUUUUAAAUUUAUUAUGAGUGUAAUAACGUUAAACGAUAGAAUUCACAGAAGAAGUGGCCAUGUUGCUGUCCCUUACAAAAACUGUAUGCUCGUUUGGGGUGGAUACAUGGAGCAAAUGCUUGAUGCUGAUAUAGAAAUCGCCUACAGCACCUACCAUCCCACCGAUGAGUUAUGGGUGUACAACUGCCUUACAGAAGUAUGGUGUCGCGUUCUUACAUCAGGUGAUAUUCCCCCAAAAGUCUCCGGUUGCUGUGCCCUUUUACAUGGAGACGAUCUCUACACAUUUGGAGGUUAUCAACACAAGUCAGAAACUGGCACAACCAACCACCUUUACAGACUCAAUCUCAAGACAAUGGUGUGGACGAGACUAAUGCCUAAGGGUGAUUUGCCCGUCUGUUGUGAUAAGAUGGCCGGAUGGGUCUACCAGGAUAAACUUUACUUCUUUGGUGGGUUCGGCCCUGUGCAGAGGUGUCGUUGUGAGUUUCAGAUUGUUUUGGAGCCGACGUCAGAACUCUCACCCUGGCCGACGGGGUGGAACAACCAACUGGCUGUUUAUAACGUAUUGACAAAUAGUUGGGAGUGGCCUAGAUGUAGAGGAACUAUUCCAGCUCCUAGAGCCGCACACGCAGCCGCCAUAUCAAAGAAUAAGGUCUAUGUUUUUGGAGGCCGCCUUAGACUGAUUAGAAACAAUGAACUUCACUGCCUGGACUUGGACACCCUUACAUGGAGUGGCAACCUGACAGGCGCCUCCAAGAGUGAGUGUGGCGUUCCGGAAGGUCGUACUUGGCACACACUAACGUUCAUCUCUGACGAGCGAGCUGUCCUUUAUGGUGGACUGAGUCAGUACAACGCCGUAUUGAGUGAUUGCUGGACCUUGGAAGUGAGCAGUACGUCGGCACGAUGGCACAAACGGAACGACUGCCGCCCACUACUCUGGCAUCGAGCAAUAUUCUCCCGCGACACCAACGAACUGCUGAUACAGGGCGGACUCAAACGGUCCAUUGUUGCCACGGUUACAUGGAGAGACCAUGCGUAUGAACUGCUGAUACUGCCAUUUGCACCUAAAUCACUUUUUAGACUGAGUUUAGACGUAGUUUGCAAGUAUCCGAAAUAUCUCCAAGCAGAGUUUCCUUCUCUUCCACUUCAUCUACAGUCAGUGAUCGCAUCUCGCCUGAAUAAUCCGUCCUAGCCUGACUUCACGCUGUUUACAAUUUUGUACUGAUAGUUCUUAAAUUAGCCGUUGUCUUAAUGGAGGUUUCACGAUAACUAUCGCUUACGGUAUUAGCUGCAUGACAUGCAGUGGUUGAGUUUUGUUAAUCAAUUGCUUCAAGCGUAAAAAUUCAAGUUUUCACAAUUUAGAU